UAUCAGCUAACCGGAGCGGACUAAAGCUAACAAGACUGCCACGUUGCGUAUUAUUCCUCACAAGGAUCGGAAUGCUGACUCAUUCCAAUGCAUAAAGAGUCAAAUAGACGCUGGUGAAUUACAGAAGCCCUGACAAGACCCAUACCAACCCUGAACCAACACACCCCAGACAAAUCUCUGAGACCAAGGGACCUUCUUGCCGAGACAAGCGGACUUCACUGGUACAUCUCCGUACAGACUUGGUAGCGAACUCUACACCACACUAUGAGCACCACAACACCGCAGUACUUCCUGGAGUUCAGCUUCACUGCGUCCGAGCAGACCCCGCUAGCCGAGCUGGUCACAGGCACGGUCAACGCGCUGGCCCAGGCCACGGCAAGGGUGGACAACGGAAAAGUUCUCUUCCUCUUCAAAGUCCUGGCAGAAGCUAAGCUUAUCGCAGUUGUCCAAGGGAGUGACGCUGCGGAGCUGGAGUCGGCCCUGUCCGUCCCGUGUGCCGGCCAGCUGGUCCGGGUGCAGUGCCUCCCGCUCCGGCCUUACGAGGCUUUCGCCAGGGAGGUUCUGGGAGUGGAAACGACGUUCCGACAAAACACGAAGUGGGCCUCCUCUCCAGGCCAGUUCUACUGGCUAACCGUCGAAGUGGAAUACAAAAGUAUGACACAGGAGGAGCUGUUCAAGAUCUGGAAAGAAGAAGCCAUAGCAGCACUUGGCGUCAUGGAACAAGGUGGCGUCAAGCUCUGGAAGGUGGUGUCCGAGAGAAAGGUACAGAUCCUGUUGAAGAUGCCAUCUCCAGACCUGGUUGAUAACACGUUUAUGGUGGGGCUGCCUCUGUUCAAGCAGCACGGCAACCAGGUGCGGACCAGCUGCAAGCCGGUCGUGCCGUACAUGUAGGCCCUGUUCAUAUGAAAUCACCCGACCCGCGAUUCGGGUAACUCACAUUCCUUACAUCUGGUCCAUGUGCCAUACAUUCCUUUUAAAACCUGCCCGAUCACGAUUCUCCGAAACUGCAUUCAUUCUUGUUUGACGAAAACACGCUAGGUAACCUGCUUGCUGAUGCCCCCCUCCCAGCGUAUCUCGGCCGAAUGCCGACGUGGUCCCGCCA